AUUUUACCUGAGAACAUUGGGACACCGCGCAGACACUCGUCCCGCAGACCCGCAGACACUCGUCCCGCAGACCCGCAGACACUCGUCCAGCAGACCCGCAGACCCGUUGACCCACUGGCCUCGAUGGGCGUUUUUUCCCCUGCUUAUCUUUUGUCCAAUUCCAAAGGUUCUCUGUGUUGUGCCUCUCGGAGCCUAUCUGCUGUUGUUACAUUCAAGAGCAACAAUGUCACGUUGGGAGGAUAUGAAUAAGGAUGAGCUAGAGAGGCAGUUUUCGCCCAGCCAAUGGUCGCACAGAAUGUCGGCAGACGACGUUAUCAAAUCCCACGUGACGGCGCUCAAAGAAGGUACGGAGCGUGCCCGUGGCCUGGCCCAAACCCUCCUCAACGUUCCCUAUGGAGAAGGAGAGGGGGAGAAACUAGACGUCUAUGUUCCCACCACCACUUCUCUAGUAAGGAGGAGUCCGGGUUUAUGGCUGUCCCAUUGGUCCAUAAGGGCGUCGUGGUGGUCGCCGUGGGUUACGACAUCGCUCCCAAAGGGAACAUGGAUUUGAUGGUGUCUCAGGUGCGGAGGAGUGUGGUGUCCGUCAUUCAACAGUAUUCACACAUUAGUGGUCUGUACCUGUGUGGCCACUCUGCGGGGGCCCACCUGGCUGCUAUGAUCCUCUCUACAGACUGGUCUCAGUACAGUGUGACCCCUCAGAUCAAAGGUGCGUUCCUGGUCAGUGGUAUAUAUGACCUCCUGCCCAUCCUGUCCACCUAUGUCAACGAGCCUCUGAAGAUGACAGAAGAGGUGGCUCUGAGGAACAGUCCUAGUCAGCUGGUUCCGCAGCUCAAACUCUCCUCCUCCAACUGUGACAUCGUGGUUGCCGUGGCGCAGAAAGACUCACCAGAGUUCCGGAAGCAGUCGGAGGACUACUACAAAACUCUGGAGUCAACAGAAGGACUGAAGGUAACAUUGGAGGACGUUCCAAACACAGAUCACUUCAACAUCAUCGAGCAGCUAGUCGACGGAGACUACCACCUCACUCAGCUGCUGUUAAAGAUGAUGGGGAAGAGCUAAAGAGAUACAGGGACACCAGCCAAUCAAUGAAGAGAUACAGGGACACCAGCCAAUCAUUGAAGAGAUACAGGGACACUGGCCAAUCAUUCAUUUACAUAUCAACCACAAACACCUCUGUUCUGAACCACAUCUAGAGGCACCACGCACCAGUUUUUAUGGACUGAUGGCUAUUGGCUAAACAAGGUGGUUAGGUAACAGGUAUUAUGUUUUGUGUUACAGAACCUCUGGGGUGAAGAUUCCCUUAGUUACAGUUCUUGGAUCAGUUUUUGAUUCCUCUUAACUUGAACUAUUAGUGGGAAAAAAUGCUAAACUGACCCAAGAUCUGCGUAUAGGGGCAUCUUCACCCUGCUCCGUUACAAAAAGCUAUCGCCUGGAGUUCUUCCUGGUUCAAGUCAUGACCAGGAAAUACUCCAGGAAAUAUUCCAGACCCUGCUUUAUGUCUUAUAGAAAGGUGGGCAAUCAUUUUGGCUCAAAGGCCGCAUCGGGAUUUUCUAAAUUCAGAGGAUGGCCGCACAGAUUUUUUUCCCGGACCGAUUUGUUCGUCAAAAACAAUUUGUGGGCCAGAAAAAGGGAAGUUAUUUAACUUUUAGGUCCAAUAUAAUCUCUACAUACUUUCUCAUUUUAAACGUUCAAGAGCCACUUCCUCCAGGACUGCUGCGUAGAAGAUCUUUUGAGCCAUGUUCCCUCUAAGCUGCCACUUCCUCCAGGACUGCUGCGUAGAAGAUCUUUUGAGCCAUGUUCCCUCUAAGCUGCCACUUCCUCCAGGACUGCUGCGUAGAAGAUCUUUUGAGCCAUGUUCCCUCUAAGCUGCCACUUCCUCCAGGACUGCUGCGUAGAAGAUCUUUUGAGAGUGUGUUUGUGUUAGAGAGGCACAUGGUUUUCAUUGGUCUCUCCUGUGUUAGUCUCUUGUGGUCGGCAGUAAGUCCUCAGACUGGCUGAUAACCUCAUGAUGAUGCAUCCUACUCUCCUUACCUACACAGCUAACCUGUUGACAUCUUUUUCUUUAUUUAACUAGGCAAGACAGUUAAGAACAAAUUCUUAUUUACAAUGACGGCCUACUUGUAAAGCUCUUAGGAAUCUUUUAGGGAAAUGGUCAAACUGAUCCUGGACCAGCCAAAGUUUGAAAACAUAUUAUGCGUCCCAAAUUGCAUCCUUAUAUAGUUCACUAGUUUUAACCAGGUCUAUUUCACUAAGUAGGGUAUAGGGUGCCAUUUGGGACUGAAGCAUAGCCUGCCAGGAUAAAGUAGCAACACUUGAUUCCAGAGCGAGCGAGAUAGCUAAUCAGUUAACCAAUCACUAUGCACAAAUUAAUAUUGUCUUCAUGGCAAUUUUGCCAUUGUCCAGUCGAUUUCAUCGCUUGUUUUAGUGGCACAGUGUAGUUGAUAACGCGCCGACAGUGGCACUUUUUUGCUUCUUUGUAUUGUUACAUCACUUCCUGUGUUUGUUUCUAAACCUCUCUGAACCAUAGAAAUAGUCCACCCAUUAUGACAUCAUUGACUUGAAUAAGGAUGCCUGUUCUCUGAGCCAUAUUGACUGGGAGUCUUUCCCCACUAUGUUGUUCACCUGUUAUUAUAACUUUAUUGACCUGUCAUCAGAACCAGGGUUCAAAUUAUACAUGGCCUCUUGGGGGUGCAUGAACGGUGAGGGUGUUCAAUCUGCCCCCCCCCCCCCUGUAAUUCAAACCCUGGUUAUUUUCUAAAGGACAUGAACAGGGUCUGGACUUCUCGUGUUAAGAUUAAGUACAUGACAUGAAUUGCAAUCAGUAUGAAGAAAGGUGAAUGUUGGCAUUCAAUAGGGUACGUCCCGAAUGGUGAAAAGUAGUGCACUUUUUUUAGGGAAAAGGUUACCAUUUUGGACAUUUGUCAAUAUUUACCUAAAUAAUUGUCAGAUGUGUGUUACACAUGGAAUUCAUUGUAACAUGUACCCCAAAAUAACUGUUUGACACUUGAAUUUGUCAAUCUAGAACUAAGGAAUACUGUAUUUUGUUUAUUAUUCUACCCUAAUAUGAAAUUGUCAAUCUAGAUUUGCACACUAAAAUGUAAUAAUGGUUUUAUGUGGGUCAUUAUGCUUCUUUGUCUAGUAGCCUAAAUGCUUGUUUACAUUAUUGUUUACAUGACUAGUAAUAAUGUUGGUGGGAGAAUUAUGUAAAAUAUCACAAUAAAUGUGUAUGUCAUAGAAGUGUG